GAAAUGAACUUUGAGGGUGUCUUUAAAGCCACCUGCUGAUGACUCCAGAAUGGUUCCUCAGUUCCAAGAAGCCAUUUAAGAAAAAGAUUCUUCAUGGGACGCCGAUCUUUCCUCCUGCUCCCUGGCAGCCUGGACUUCCCAGGAGAGGAGAUUCAUUCCAGGAGGAAAACACAAGCUUCACUAACCCCUCCUUCCAUCUCAGCCACCGUGCCUCUCUUCUCUCCAUUCGCACCCAGGUCGGGUGGAGCCAUGGCAAGAAACUUAAUCCUGCUACAGAAGCCUCACUUGAGAACUUCACUACUGACAAACGGCAAAGUAACCCCAGAAGAAAAACCUACCCAGCAUUUUCUUGGAAGCCCUUGGAUGAUAUCAUUGACCUAGACUCCUCAUCCUCUACUCCUCUGAGAAAAUAUUUAAUUAAUAUCAAGGGAAACAAGAACAUGGCUGAGACUUCACUCCACUCCAAGGGCACUGAUUCCAGCCUUCUGGUAGAAGACAAUCUUCUCUCUGCAGGAACACCUCCACCUGCACCAACAUCCAAGUCAGCUAUGGAGAGUUCAGGUGACCAAGGUGUGCCCACCAGUUAUGUGCCCCCACAAACUGCUCGAAGAGGGCAACCACUCCUGACAGCAGCUGGCAUGGUAGUGAUUGUAGCCAGAGAAGCUAGUCAGAUACCUGGGCCAAAUGGCAGAAUGUAUAGGGUCCAAAGUGGACCACCAGGACCUGAUGGGCCAGCAGGAAGAAGAGGUUGCUGGGGAAGAAGAGGCUACCCUGGAAUUAAGGGUGACAAGGGUGACAAAGGGCCAGAAGGUGAUGAGGGCAGGAAUGGUGAUCCAGGCCCUCCUGGUCCGGCAGGGAUGCCUACUCUCUACCUUUGGAGAAAUACAAUGGAUGAAUGGGCUGCCUUCCGGGCACAACGGGGCCCAACUGGACUGAGGGGGGAGACAGGACAGCCCGGGGUACAGGUGGUAGACAGGGGGGUCCCGGACACCCAGGAGUCCCGGGGAGCAGAGGAGACCGGGGCCCUGAGGGCUACCCAGGAGAAACGCCCCCACCAGGAGAGAAAGGGGAUAAGGGCUUCAAUGGAGAAGCAGGGCUAUGUGGAAAUCGAGGGGAACCUGGCUGGAAGGGCCAAUCAGGCCCUGAGGGGCUACAGGGUGAGUGUGGUGUGGAGGGACUCAUGGGUCCAUUUGGCUUUUGGGGUCUGCCUGGGUUUCCAGGGAGCAGAGUAA